AGCAACUCUUGGCUGUUCGCAGCUGGCGAGAUCGCACGCACUCCUCGAUCCUCUUUUCUGAUACCGAAUUUCUUUCUCUAGAAUAUCUCAUUUUUUGCAUUCAAAUCCUCGAUUUUCUACACCAAUAUUCCAAUUGCAGUAUCCAAAUCUCAGGAUAUAUAUCUAUCAAAUUUAUAUUUGUUGUGUGUGGAAAGGAAUCCAAUCCAAUCCAAUCGAGGUGACUGUAAUGGCGGGCCGUUCCGAUACCAACCCUUUCGAUGGAGGAGAUGAAGUUAAUCCCUUCUCUGAUGGAGCGAAAGGAGAAUCCUCCAAUCAGUCGAAGUUUUCUGGAGGCUCAUUUUUUACCACAACUACCUCAAGCCUUUCACCCCUUCCUUCGGAGCCUGCUGAUUUUCGCAAUCCUACAGCUGCAGAUGAUAUCUCUCGAGAUAAAUAUUCCGACCUGAAAAGGAAGGAGAGAGAGUUGCAGGCUAAGGAAGCCGAAUUGAAAAGGAGGGAACAGGAGAUAAAGCAGAAAGAAGAGGCAGCUGCUCGAGCCGGUAUAGUUCUAGAGGACAAAAACUGGCCUCCGUUCUUCCCUAUCAUUCAUCACGAUAUUGCGAACGAAAUACCUUCCCAUGUUCAGAGGAUGCAGUAUGUAGCAUUCGGUACAUUUUUAGGGCUUGUAUUUACGCUUCUAUGGAACGUCGUAGCCGUGACCACAGCAUGGAUUAGACUCGGAGAUCCAACAAUUUGGCUUCUUGCUGUUAUCUACUUGAUAUCGGGAGUUCCCGGGGGAUACGUUUUAUGGUAUCGCCCGCUUUACCAGGCAUUCAGGAACGAAAGCACUUUCAAGUUCGGAUGGUUCUUCCUGGCUUACCCCCUUCACAUCGGCUUCUGUAUCUUCGCUGCAGUCGCGCCGCCGAUAGUUUUCAAAGGAAAAUCUCUUUCAGGUAUCCUGCCGGCUAUAGAUCUCGUAGGCAAUCAUUCUUUAGUCGGAAUUUUUUACUUCAUCGGCUUCGGACUGUUCUGCGUCGAGGCACUCGUAAGCAUUUGGCUCAUACAGGAAGUGUUCAAUUAUUUCCGAGGCAGCGGCAAAGCGGCGCAGAUGAAGCGCGAAGCUGCCCGCGGCGUCAUGAGAGCUGCGGCGUAACGCCGGAGAAUGCUGCCGGCGAUCAUAUAACAUUUUCGACUCUUACAAUAACAUAUAGAUGCUUAGUGAUCGAUUUCUUCUUCGUGUUAGGACAUAAUUUUUUGUUGCAACCAUUUUUU